AUGACCGGACCCCCUCCACCCCGUCCGUCAGGGACUCCGACCGGCUCUACCUCUCUGCCAAGCGGUACGAACGCCCCUCCGCCCUCUGCCGUUCCCUCAGCCCAACUACCCCUCCCUACCUCGUCGGACUUGGGGACGGUCGGCUCACCCGCGAAGAAACGCAAGUCGAGCGUCUCGGGUGCGAUGCCUAUCCUUGCGCCGUCUGAGCCGGUCGCAAGGGAUGCAGGUGACAGGACGGACGAGGGAGAGUCGGAGGAGUUGUCGAGAAGGGCGCCGCGUACUCAGGCCAACGGCACGACGUCCUCCUCCUCCUCGACCAUCCCGCCCGCCCAGCUCCCUACCGCCGAACCGAAGAAUGCAGCGCUCUCAACUCGCCUCUCCCCUCCUCCCCUCGCGCCCCUCUCGCUCCCGACCUUCCCCGUCCUCCCACCCUCCAUUCCCUCCCCCUCGCAAACGUUCCAAACCCCCUCCCAAGUCUCCUCCAUCCUCUCCCUCCCUCCCAACCUACUCCUCCAACUCGCGCGCACCGAUUCGCCGCUCGAACAACAGGCGAUAGCCGAGAAGAAGGGCGUCAAGGGGUAUUUGAGCAGUAUGGCGAUCCCGCCCCCGAGUCCGACGACGCUUGUUACGACGCUCGUGAAGGAGGGCGGAGGAGGAGGACUGAUUGGGUUACCGGUUGUGAACGAGGCGAGCGAGAAGGAGGAACUCGCGGCGGUUCCGACCGGCUCGGCGGGAGGGCUCCCGGCUCGCACGUCGACUCCCUCGCCUCUGCCCGCGUAUUCGCUCCCGCCCGAUCUCUCACUCACGUCCUCCUCCGCCACGACCUCUUCAGCCCUCGUCACCACCAGCACCUCCCCCUCUCCCUCCUCCCCAACCGGGGCAGGCCACCCCGCCAUCCCCGUCCUCCUAGGCCAAAUCUUCGCCCCUCCACCUCUCACUCCAGGCGUCCUCGCUCCGAUUCCCGGCACCAGCGGGAUCGGCGAGAUCCUCCGCGGCCACGGACCUGCGUCCGUGCGCGAGUUCGCGAGUGUCGAGGAUUGGAGUUACAGGACGGCGAAGGACCAGGUGUUUUCCUCGCUCUCGACUUCCGCCUCGACUGCGGCUGCAGCUCGACCAGCACUCGCGACCUCCCCGUCCUUCACCGAGCGGGAAAUCUCCUCCCUCGCGUCUCAAAUCAAAGACUGGGCCUUGUCGGAACAAGAAAAGCUCAUCUCGCACCAAGUCGUCGAGUCGAAAUCCGCCGCCGUCGUACUCGCCGCCGCGCACGCCACUUCGAGCGUUGCAGAGAAGGAGCAAGGCGGGGAGGACUUGAGUGCGUAUGCCGAGGUGUACAAGAAACAGCUCGAUGCGCUUGCGAGUGGGUACUUUGCGCAGUUGCAUCGGGAUGCGUUGAAGAGGUUGACGGAGGAGAAGGUUGGGAGUCAGGGUGUCGGGUCGAGGAGGGGGUCGGAGACGGAUCAGGCGGUCGAAGCGCCGUUACCCAGCACGUCGGGCGGCGGUCCCGACUCGUCCCUCUCGAGUGUCCCAGUUCUCUCCUCGUCUCAAGCCCCGACUCUCACCUCCCUCACUUCGCUCACGUCCUCCCGCUCUCAAGCCGAAGCGAUGCACGUCCGCGCCUCGGCCGCAGCAGCCGUCGCAGCGCAAGUAAUGGCCGCUACCUCUCUCGCCCGGCAGGCAGGGGAGAAACUCGCCGACUUGGGCGUGGAUCCGAGGAAGGUUGUCGAGGAGGUGGAGGAGUUGGUUGGGAGUCGGGAGGGGAGGAGGGGAAGCGCGGGGAUGGAGGAGUUGGGGAAGAUUCUUGAGAGGGCGGGGAGUAGGAGGGGCAGUAGGCAGGAGGAGAGGGACGAGAAGGGGAAGGGAAAGGAGGAGGUUGUCGUCGUGCCGGCGCGGAGGGCAUCCGAGGCUGGCAGGAGCGACGCGAUGAGUAUCGAGGAGGUGGGGCAGCAGCCUGCGGCCGCCGCGACUUCGGGGGACGCGGUUGCAUCGACUUCGUCUUCUGCGCAAGUCGCGGACGCUCGACCCGCCUCGGCAGCCGACCUCGCUUCCCUCCCAACCGCGCAACGCCCGUCCCGCACGUCUCCCUCCUCUAGCCGGUCGGCCUCCGUCGCUCAAGCCGCACCGCCCGCGCCCGUCUUCGUCGCUCCCCAACAACCCGCAGACCUCGCCGCCCUCGCCUCCCCCGCAAAGCGCGACUACCUCCUCGCCUACGCUCACCAGCUCUACUCGACGAACCCAGCGAGCGAAGAACUCCUACCGCUCCUUCAUACGCUCGAGAACGUCCAUCCCGAUCAUCUGCCGACGUUGCUCCUCAUCAGCUGCGUUUACUACACGCGUGGAGAACUCGAGAGUAGCUUGUACUACAACAAGCGGCUGCUCGAGCAUGAUCCGUCUUACGUCGAGGCGAUGUCGAAUAUCGGGACAACGUUACGCGCGAUGGGCAAGUGGAAUGAGGCAGAGGCCUGGUGGUGGAAGGCGAUCAAGCUGCGCCCGACGUACUGGGACGCGACAGAGAACCUUCUUGGCGUCCUCUGCAACCCAGCGACCGCCGCCUCGCCCGAAGCGCUCGCCGCAGCAGGCGUUGCCCCUCCACCCAUCGAGCCGCGCUACCAAGAAGCGCUCGCCCUCUGCGACUACGUCGAGUCGCAGAUCUUCGCACACGCCGCAUCGCUCGCUCAUCCAGCCGUUCCUCCGACUGCCGCCUACUUCGACCCUGUCCCUUACCUGCCUCGCCCUCGCACCCUUCCCUCCGUCAUCCCGCAGAACCACGUCCAUCGCCUGCAGAACCUCCUGUACGCGAAGGGGAACCUCCGCCUUACGACGCAGGAUCCGGCGCUCGCGCAGGACGAGUACGAGAAGGCGAUCGAGCUUGCCCUUUCGCUGCCCGAGUGGGCGCGCCGUCUUCCCAGCCUGCUCUGGCCCGUCGAAGGAUGCACGACUCGCGAUCUCGUUGUCGCCGCAACGGUUGUCGGGAAGAUCCUCGCCGCCUUCGCCGAAGCCGGCUCGAACCCCGCUAGCGCGCAGAAGGUCUCGCAGAUGGCGCAGCAGCUUGGCGUGGCAGACGAGCGCGGCAGCGUCCCCUUCGAACGGCUUCUUCGGACGAUCAAAGACGGCGGAGACGCUUACGUCCAGCGCUUGCUAGCGAUGGGCGGAGGCGUGGUGCCGACCGUCUUGCUCGAGCCGCAGAUGCUCGUGCAGCUGCCGACCAUGCUCUUCUCCGAGAUGCGCGGGACGCUUCCGUCGAUGCUGGAUCCGGCGAUCGUUUCGGGAGAAGCGCACGAGGCCCGUGACCCGACCAGGCAACAGACGGUCCAGUCGACCAACCAGACGACCUCGACUAUGCUCCUCACCCUCGCCAAAGGCCUUCAAGACUCGCUCGGACCGACUUCAGCGUCGCGAUCGACUAUCGGCGGAAUCCCUGCGAGUCAGAGCCUCCUCCUUCCCCUCUACUACGUCGCCCUAGCCCUCUACCCGAGCCCGUCGACCUGCAACAACCUCGGCAUCCUCCUUUCAACGCUCAACGCGACUACCAUCGUAGCCGGCGCCGACCCGUCCAAGCCGCCUGUCGUCGUGACCGGCCAGAUGCUUGCGCUGCGGUACUACGAAGCGGGGCUCAAGCUCGACCCUAAGCACCCGCACCUCUACACCAACUACGGCUCGCUCCUCAAGGAUCUCGGCAAGCUGCCCGAAGCAGUCGCCAUGUACAAGCGCGCCGUCGAGUUCAACCCGAACUUCGACGUCGCGCUCGCCAACCUCGCGAACGCCGUCAAGGACACCGGCCAGAUCCAGGAGUCGAUCCCUUACUACCGCCGCGCCGUCGAGCUGAACCCGAGCUUCCCAGAGGCGAUCUGCGGCCUCGUCAACGCGCUCGGCGGCGUAUGCGACUGGCAGAACCGCGGCGGAGUCGACGAGGAGUGGAUCGUCGACGACAAGCUGCAGCUUCACCACGUGAAGAAGCCGACGAACGGGAGGCGGAUUCAGGAGGGUUACCACGGCGCCAUAGCCGACCUCGUGCGCAAGCAACUCCACGACGGGUACUCGUACGGCGUCGGAUCGCUCGCGGCGUGCGGCACGAUCCAGCAGUGGUUGUCCGUCAUCAGCCAAGCGUUGUACGGCGUCGAGCCGGCGCAGGUGGGAGACCUGAUGAAGCCGUGGGCCGCGCGGCUGACCUCGCUGUCCGGCAAGCACGACCGCGCAGCUUCGCUCGUCAACGAGGGCGGCUACCUCAUCCGGCUUGUUGAGCGCCUCAUGCGGCGCAUCCAGCGGAGGUGGUACCUCGCGACUUUCGGUCCCCAAGUCUACGCCAAUCCUGCGGCACCCGCGCCGCAACCUAUCUUCCCGAAGACGAGCGACAUCGCGCACUACCGUCGCCCCAUGCUCCCGCCGUCUCUCCCUGCCAUCCCCGUCCCUACCGUCCUCCCCUUCCAUUGCUUCACGCUCCCCGUCACCGCCCGCGAGACCCGCCUCAUCUCGCACCGCACCGGUCUCCGCAUCUCUCACGCCACGCUCAACCAGCCUUGGAUGCCUCCCAUCGUCUACCCGCCGCCUCGUCCACCGGUCGACGGCAAGAUCAAUGUCGGCUACGUCUCGUCCGACCUCGGGAACCACCCUCUCUCUCACCUCAUGCAAAGCGUCUUCGGCUUGCAUGACUUGUCGCGCUUCAACGUCUUCGUUUACGCAACCUCGCCGAGCGACAAGUCGCCCUACCGCCAGAAGAUCGAGGCCGAGUCGCAGCACUUCCUCGACGUCUCGCACCUCGGCACACAGCAGAUUGUCGAGCGCAUCGUCCACGAUCAGAUCCACAUCCUCAUCAACCUCAGCGGCUACACAAAGGGUGCCCGCAACGAGGUCUUCGCGGCGCGCCCCUCGCCCGUCCAGAUGAGCUACAUGGGCUUUGCUUCGACGCUGAGCGCCGGCUGGUGUGACUACUUCAUCGUCGACCCUAUCGUCUGCCCACCUCAUCUCAUCUCGGGCAACCAGUGGCGCUACAACAACGGCUAUACGCUGGGACGUCUGCCAAACGCGCAGCCUUCGCCGAGAUCGACCGAUUUUGAAGGCGACAUCGACCCCGAGUCUGACAGCAACCGCUUCGUCUACACCGAGAAGCUCAUCUACCUCCCGCACUCGUACUUCGUCACCGACCACAAGCAGGCGUGGAGGGAGGAGGAGACUGCUGCGCCCGUCACAACGUCUCUCGCGCGCUCUGAGGAGACGACCUGGGCGCUCGAGGAGGCGAAGCGGCUGCAGAUGCGCAGGCAGAUGUUCCCGAAUCUGCGCGACGACACCGUCAUCUUUGCCAAUUGGAACCAGCUCUACAAAAUCGACCCCUUUAUCUUCCGCAUCUGGCUCGAGAUCCUCAAGAAGCACCCCAACUCGGUCCUCUGGCUUCUUCGCUUCCCCGCGCCCGGCGAGGCUCACCUCAAGGAGACGGCUUUGCGCUGGGCGGGCAAGGAGGUGGCCGACCGCGUCAUUUUCACCGACGUCGCAAACAAGAACGACCACAUCCACCGCGGCCGGAUCGCUGACCUCUUCCUCGAUACGACCGAGUGUAACGCGCACACGACCGCCGCCGACAUCCUCUGGUCCGGCACGCCCAUCCUCACCUUCCCUCGGCAUGCGCACAAGAUGUGCUCCCGAGUUGCCGCAUCGAUCGCCAUGGCCACCGGCUUUGGACCGCAGAUGAUCGUCAACAACGAGCACGAGUACGAGCGCCGCGCUCUCGAGCUUGCUGCAGGUCUCGUCUACGAUACCAUCCCCGCCGACCCGUCAAAGCCGCCAACGACCCUCGAAGGACGGGAGCAGCGCCGCUCGAAGGGCGAGUUGGCCGAGCUCCGUAAGAAGCUCUUCCUCACGCGCGAGCAGAGUCCGCUGUUUGACACGAAGCGUUGGGUCCGCAACCUCGAGAAGGGUUUGGUCGAAGCCUGGACGCGCUGGGUCCAGGGCACCGAGUUUGAAGACGCCCCCGAAUGGACCGCAGGCCCCGGCAGGGCAAGCGCCGCCAUCUUCAUCCCGGACGACGUGGACGGCGCCAAUCUCGAAUCUCGCAAGCCUUACUUCUGA